AUGGCAUUGAAUCCUAUCCCAGACAACGAUCCAAAUUUUCCUCGCUGGCUGCUGGAUUUAGAGAAAUGGGCUAUUCGUCCCUAUCAAGAAAUUCAAGAAGAACUUGGUGGUAAGCCGGAGUAUGGAAUCAUUUCCUAUACGUGGGGGAAAUAUGCAAUCGGCAUCCAGAACCCGGCAGACCUUCCACAAGGUAUUAUGUGGGACGUGCCUUUAGUCUCCGCGUUCAGUCUGAAUGAGGCCCAGAGGGUAAUGAAGAGCAUGAAGAGGCGAUAUGUUUGGUGGGACUGGAUGUGUGUUCCACAGGGCCGAGCACCAGAUCUCAGCAAUGACCUUCUUCGCGCAAAGGGGGAAGAAAUUGGAAAGCAGAUGGCAAUUUAUCGCGGCGCAACAAGCAGCAUCGUAUGGGUCCAUCAGACCAACUGGGCUAAAGAAUCAUCGAUGCGGACAUUGUUAAAGGACGGCAUCCCUCCGGCAGCGGGCGAUUUCUCUACCUUUUUCAGCGCAGUCCUCGGUAUCUUAGAGGAUGUACGGGAAACGGAGCCUUGGCUGAAGUCGAUCUGGACACUUCAAGAGGGUGUACUUCUAAGUGAAACAAUCCUCUUGGAUCAUGACGGAAACGUAUUGGAAGAUGAGCGGUUUAUCCACAAUAAUGGUUGUGCAUCCGUGAUUGACCUAACCGCGGGUAUUACCCAGUUGGUGAUUCGACUUGGCGCAGACUUCAUGCGGCUCAGCAACCGAGGGGAAGCUGAGGAAGACGAGGAAACUCCUCUGAUGGCUUAUAUUCGGCAGGGCAAGAAUUACGCGUAUGUGGCAGGCGUCCUAGCUACGAUAAUGAGAUCGGGCCUUGUCGCCUAUGCAAAGGGUUCUCCAUUAUACAUCUUAUCUGGAAAAGUGGGCCGUUUCUCUAGCCAGCCAGAAGACUACUGCUGGGCACUUUUGGGAGCCCUAGACCUGACCUUCCCUAACACGUGGUAUCACCAGGGGGAGGACAUGGAUCUAGUCAAGAAGGAGUUCUUCAAGCCCCUUCUUGAGCGGUGGCAAUGGAAUUUAUUCCUGGUCGCAGGGGUCGUUAACUCAGGGGAGUAUGAUGCUCUAUCGUGGCCAGAAAGGGUAGUGGACGGAAAAAUGCUCUCACUUGGGAUUUAUUUUGAUGUUUUCUGGAAGAAAAACCUCCCCAAACUGUCAUGGGUCGAUGCUAAUCAGGAAAACGGCAUGGCUGACAUGAUAAUCCUAAAUAGUAGCGAGGGUGAAAAUCAGUGUGCCCUAUGGAAGCUCACUCAGCCAGGCCGAUGCAGGCGAUAUGUGCAGACGGAGGUCAUGAAAGCAAAGGAGGCUAUAGUACGAGUUGAGAAUGUGGAGGACUGCCCGCCAGAAGUUAGCCGAAGUUAUUUGCCUAUCGCUGAUUUGGAUAAGCAGUCAAACCGUCCCGGCACUCGAUGUAUUGAGAUUGAACCUCUAGACGAGACCACAGGGCUGUUCAGAGGAGUUGUUGACCUUUGGGUUGCAGAGGAUGCCGUGGCCAAAAUGGAGUGCGUGUCCUUCAGGCUUGUAGGAAGAACAAGCUGA